AAACAAUCCUAAUCAAUCCUACCACCUCGACAUUUCUAUACUCUACCUACUAAUCUACUACUCCUCCUACUCCCGUAUAAUCAUUCUCCAAAUACCUCAUUCCUCAUUCUUCAUUUCAUUCUCUUUCCCCUCUUACUUCAUUGUCCUUACUAUCCAGAAAGGCCAUUAUGACUUUACCCUGAUUUUGAACCCUUGUGCCCUUGAAGAGUGACCAUGACCAUCGGGUCUGUGGUACUUCCGCUUCUACGACGGCAUGGAUCAUCCUCAGAAUUAAAACCCACGCAUGCAACAACGGUCGCCGCAGCCACUUCCACUUCCACCUCAACCACCAACCUCGACUCAACAACCUCAACCCACGAGCGCCCUCCCAAUCCACCGCCGCCCAUACGCCAGACCCGCCGCCCAUCCCCCGGAUUGGCCGCGCGACUCAAGGCCCUCGGCUUCACCAGCGACUCCAAGCAGCGCUCACCCUCCUCCACCGACGCACCAGGCUCCAGCAGCAGCGACUACAUCGGCCGCAUCCCCGAAGACCACAUCCGGUCCAUCGACUCCCUGCACCGCGCGAACUCGACCAGCUCCCUCGUCCCCCGCCGCGGACGCACCUGGAGCUCCAACAGCAGUAGCAGGCAACACGCUCCACAGAUCACCGGUUCCGCAGAGACAGGCUUCACUGUCUUAGAUCCUGCGGCCGACCGCCGCGCGAGCGACGCUACACAAGACCUUACACCACCCGCGAUAAUACCAGCAGCUACAGUAGCCGCGCCAAUACCACCUCGUGCUGCUACUGCGCUGUCCGUAAGCGAGGCGGCCGUUCGGGCGGACGAAGUCGCGAGGAGAGACCCUUCACCCGUCCCCAAGGUCGAGAUCAGCGACAUGAGUACCUACGACGCGCCCUUCGACAGCGAGGACGUCCAGAAGUACCGCCUCCCUGAGCACGUCAACGGUAAUGGCACCAAGGCCACGCUGGCCACGAAAGUAGCGCACCUGGAACGCAUGGAUGAUCCGCCGCCGCCUAUGCCGCUGCCGAAGGAUCUGCCUGAUUUGCCGGCGGGAGAGGAUGAUUUCUCGGGGGAUGUGCAGUCGUAUUUUAACCCGUUUGGGUUGCAGAGGGCGGGUUCGAUAUAUACCCUCUCGAGAGUGUCGUUUGCGAAUCAAUUGGCACAGUUAACGUCGCUGCAGCUGCCGGAUGCUGGAUCCCUGGCCAGCAAGGUGUCAGCGAUACCGACGUCGCAUGCAGCGGCGAGAGCGUUGAUGGGCGCAGCGGAGCAGAUAAAGAGUUGGAUAUCCAAGGCGUCGGAGGUGCUGGACGGGCUGGACGCGGAUGAUGAUGUUGAGUGGGCUGCUGCGGGUGGCCGUGAGGGAUUGGAGGAUGUGGAUAAUGCAAUUGUGCGGUUCGAGCAGCUCAUCAGCGUGUAUGUGACUGCGAUUGAAGAGUUACAGAAUAGGACGGAUAUCUCGAACGUGCCAGCGAGCGAGCUUACGAUGGUGGUUACGCAGGUGGAGACGAUAUUGAGUGAGUGGGAGAAGAUACGGCGGACGCUGACGGAGGUCAAGGGACAGGUUGGCGUGGCUAUAGAGUGGGAGGAGCUGUGGAAUGUCGUGCUGGGAGAUAUUGGAUAUGAGAUGGAUAUAUUAAGCACGUUGGUAUUUGAGAUGGAGGAGAAGCGGCACAAGUCCCUCCUGGCCGAAGCCAGCGAAGAGGGCGUCGAUCUGAAAGACCUCGAGACGAUUGUCGAAGAGACACCACCUACCAAGGUCAUCCACAACAAGAACCGCUUCAGCGUCGCUCCCGCGCCCUUCCCCUUAACCCCGAACUCACCAAGCACACCCACCACCGCACAAGACGACUCGAGUCUCCUCGCCCUAUUCGCACGCAUGCAACCCCUAAGAGCAUCCCUUGACUUCCUCCCCAUGCGCCUCUCCACCUUCCACUCCCGCGCCGAAGACACCUUCCCCACCGCCUGCGACGAGCUCGAAGGCCGCCGCGACGGUCUCGAAAGCAGCUGGGCCGCCCUCGAAAAGGACGCCGCCUCCCUCCGCCGCGAGCUAGGCGAAGACCGCUGGGUUCUCGUCUUCCGCGGUGCAGGCCGUCAAGCGAAUAAAAUGUACGAGUCCGUCGGCCGCAGUCUCUCCAAACUCCAAGAGGCGCUCGACAACGGCACACAGGCGCAAAACGCCUCAACCUUAGUCCAAAAGAUCGAGAACUACGAAACCAAAAAGACGCACUACGGUCCCGCCAUCGAGCGCGUCCUCGGCAUAAUCGAAAAGGGCGUCCAAGAUCGCCUCACCGUCAACGGCGAGAUCGUGCGUCUCCACUCCGAGAUGCAAGGGAAAUGGGAAGACCUCAAAUCCCAAAUGUCCGAGCUCGACAAAGCCGUCGAAGCCGCCCAAGCCGGCCGCCGCGAACAACAACUCCGCGACUACGUCUCAAGCCUUAUGUCCAACGACCGCUCUUCCACCGUCGGUUCCGCCGCCGACACGCCCGGUAGCUCCCCGGCGUCAUCGGUGAUUAUGUCCAACCUCGCCCACGGCACCGAUCCCACCACCCCCGGCAAAGCAGGGAAACCCCGCGCCCCCACCACGGGGCUCCCGCAGCCGGGAUCCAGACACACGCCCCUGAGCGGGAAUUACCCCCGCCGCAACCUCUCCGCGCCCCGCUCCUCGGGGUAUGGGAAGCCGACGUAUACGCCUACGCCUGCGUCGCGCGAGGCGUCUGCUACGCCGACGGGGAGGAUUCCGAGACUGUCGUUCUCGUCGGCGAGUAUGGCGGGGAGACCGAGGUGGAAUUCCAGCGUCAAGACGGAAGAUGGGCUUACAGGACAUAAUUUCAAGCCCUUGAGUGCUGGGACACCGAGUCCCUACGCGCGCGGCUCGACGCCGACAGGAAGCCGUAACGCAUCCUUCGCCGAGCGCGCGCACGAGCGGUCCGGCAGCGCCUCCAAGAUCCCCUUGCGCAGAUCGAUGGGGGGAGAGGAGAGUCUGGGAUCACCUGGACCGCCGCCGCCAGCGGAGGGCGCAUCGCCGAGGCUACCACAAGUAACAACCCCACUACCGAAUCGGACAAAGAACCUCGCCUCAUUCAAAGACCGCAUGGCAAGCCCCAGCCCAGGUCCAUACGCACAACAACCCAUGUCCUCCCCCGGGGGCCUCAAAGCGAGUAGACGGCUAAGCGUACAACCCAGCCCCGGGGCUAGAUCAGUAUCGAGAAGGGCGUCUAUGCAACCCCUCUCUAGCGAAGGGGGGUCGGAGAGGAGUACGUCUACGAGUCCGUUGGCUGUGGCGAAGCGGCCGGGGAGUUCGCUGGCGGGGACGGCGGGGGGGAGGAGAACUAGUUUGCUGCCGCAGCCACGCGGGAGGGAGACAACGGGGAGGGAUAGUAGGGCGGGUGGGAGGGAGAGUCCGGCUGUUGUGGGGGCGAGGGUGGCGAUGAGGAGGGAGGGGAGUGUGGUUGGGAGUGCGAGUGGGGGGGAUAAGGAUAAUAAGCCGAAGUGGAGGGGUUGAGAAGGGGGGGUGGUUCCCUGAACACGAAAUCGAUGCGGGGAGCAGCGGUCUUUGUGUGUGUUUAACUGUCUGACUGUUUGACUGGACUGUUUGACUGGACUGUUUGUUAUUAUCGUUGUUGUUGUCGUUUGAUACCACUUUGAUCAUCUGGAUUUUUUGUUAUUUUUUGUUUAGCGAUUCGCUGUUUUUUUUUUCCUGGCUUGCUGGCUGGGAGCUGAGGGCUGGGGGCUGGGGGCUUGAUACAUGGUUUUUG